AUGGCAAUCUUCGAUACAGAGAAACGCCCUCGUGGCCUUCGGGUGCCUUCUCUCGCAGGACUCAAGUCUUCAGCAGCCAAAUCGCAAUUCUCCUUCAAGAAAUCCGAUUCGCCGUCCGAGUCGAAACCGACAGCCUUCCCUGCUCCUCCACCACCAAAGCCGGCCCCUCCGCCGGACAAGGAACUCCCCCUUCCCCCGAAUCAGGAAACACGAAACGCAUCCAACAACCCAUACUUCCCUCCGAUCCCAGUCCCAGAACGACGCCCAAUUGAACGGGUCCCCGUCCCAACGCAAUCUCCUCCCUCUCGCACGACCGCCAACUCCAGUGACCCCGUCUCCCCCCAAGCGUCGACUCUAGUCCAGGCUCCGGCUUCAGCUCCUCCAGUUUCAAUCCCAGUGUCAGCACCUGCUCCUGCGCCUGCUCCGAUUCCAGCAAAUGAGCCCAACUCUCCCCAACUGGAAGACUUUAUCCCAACUCCGGACAGCGUUGAACCGCCACUAGCAGUACCAGAACUGUCGCGCGAAGAGCUAGCCCCCUCGCCAUUCGUCCCACCGGAUGUUGAACCCGUGGCGCCGAGUUUGAACGAGAUACACCUCACAUGCUACCAGCAGCAUCGUGCUAUGCCCGUGGCACAGAACACGUGGUGUCCGAUUCCGUGCAUGACCUGUCAAAAAUUUGACUUGGAGAUCCGUCACCGCUGUGUGUUUUGCUGUCUGCGCAUUUGCGAAUCUUGCUAUCAGACCUUGCAGAAAUGCAAGAAUCGCUCGGUGGAAGAGCUGGUUGAUCGAAUCGCUGUCUGA